AUGUCUUCAACGCCACCUCUUUAUGAUUCCUACUUGUCAGAAAAGGAAAAUUAUGAAAAAUUCGGAUUUAGAGCAAAGCCUAAACUUAUUUAUCAUUUUGAAAGGGAAUCGAGAAUUUGUUUAAUUAAAUCUCAAGAAGAAGACUCGGAAUCAAGAUAUUACAUUUUCAAAGUCGCUGAUGUUAAUGAAUGCAAGUAUCAAUUAAUAAUACCUUACCAUAUUCGACCAACAAUAUUUCGAAUUAUUAAAUCUGAUAGUGGCAAAUAUUACAUGCUAAUGGAUUACAUUGCUAGUUUUGAUCUUUGGAAAUUUAAACCAUUAACAGAAAAAUAUCCUCGUUCAGAUAUAAACUUUUAUAUUGCCAAAAUUAUUUUUGGAUCUCUCUACGAAUUACUGCUUCUUCAAUCUAAUGGUUACAUACACCAAGAUAUCAGUCCUGAUAAUAUUGUUUUUGAUGUAAACUUCGAUCCUUGGAUUAUUGAUUUCGGCCAAGUGAAAGAGAAAAUAUCUGGUAGCGUUGCAGAAAGUACUAGAAUAUCCGGUCAACCAAAGGGAAAAGACAAAUACAUAUCAAAAUACAGAGCUCAAAAUAACGGAAAAUUUUUCUACUAUGAAGAUGAUCAAUUAGUUUCCUGGGCCAAAUCAGUAUUAGAUGUGUUCUUUGGAGAUAUAAAAGAUGGCGAUCCUUGGUAUCCCAUUAAACAAGAAAUUGAAAACAUUCUUGAAUUUGAGAAAAAAGACGAAAAAACUAAACAAGAUGGCAUAAACACAUACAAAAGAUUUGUUGAAUCUAUUCCAAGACUUAUUAACCAGCACGUGAGAAAGAUAAUCCCUAAUUUUGAUGAAUUUCAAUCAUUUUUGUCUCAUGUUUGCAACAAUUCCGAAUUUUCUUUUAGAAAAAUCGAAGAAGAUUCUUUAACAAAUUUCUAUAUCGAUAAAAAUGAGACAGAACGAAGAAUCGAAAGAGGCUUUGUAUUAGGAACACAAGAAAACAUUAAUAAACUUAUUAAAAUAUGUUCCAAUACAAACCUUCCUAGUGGAGUUACAGAUAUGUUAGAUAGAUUAGCUGAAAAAUAA